AUGGCGAAAACGCUCAAAGAUCUCCUCACCGAAACAAAGAAAGCAGAGGAAGCUCAGCCUCUCGCUCCGGUGCCGGCGGUGAUUGAGAACUCCGCAGACAAGGACGUCUCGCCGGAGAAGCUGAGCCGUUCGCCGAUACAAGAAAAUAAUCUUGAAAACUCGCAGCUCUUUGUGGAAUCUGACUCGUCGUCCGGUGAUCCUCAGCCACAAGUCGCUCCGGUAUCUGAAGAAUCACCUGAGACAAAAACGGCGGAGAAAGAUUCCGAAUAUUUGAAGAAUGAAGGUGCAAAUUCGAGUGUGAAUUCAACGGAUUCCUUACUGUUUGAAAUUUCGAAUUCAUGCGAGAAAGAAAGUUCGAUCACCUCUGAUUCAAUUCCGACGGAGAUGGCGAACUCCGAGAAGUGUACAGAAUCUUUGGAAAAUGUCAAUGCACCGAGACUGAACGAAAUGCGUGAGGAGCAGCCGGCGAAGAAGUUGGCGAAGUUCCAGUGCGACGACAACGUUUCGGAUGGUGUGAGCGUGGCGAAGCCAGGGGUGCUGAAGCCGUGUCCAAGUGUGGGGGCGAGCCUUGAGAACUUUGAACUUUGGAAGGUUGAAGGUUCGCCGAAGAUGCGAUCCAACGGUGGUGGUAGUACGGCAGAGAGCAUAGCGAUGGUGGAGGAGGCAUGGGAGAGACUCAAGAAGUCCUACGUGUACUUCAAAGGCAAGCCGGUGGGCACUCUUGCAGCUAUGGAUCCAAUGGCCGAAGAUUUGAACUACAAUCAGGUGUUUGUGAGAGAUUUUGUACCUACUGGUUUGGCCUGCCUGAUGCAAAAAGACCCUGAACUAGAUAUUGUAAAGAAUUUCCUCCUAAAGACCCUCCACCUCCAAGGUUGGGAGAAGAGGAUUGAUAAUUUUACACUUGGAGAAGGUGUUAUGCCUGCAAGUUUUAAGAUUCUCUUUGAUCAAUAUCGUGGGAAGGAAACUUUAGUUGCAGAUUUUGGUGGCAGCGCAAUUGGAAGAGUUGCUCCUGUCGAUUCUGGGUUCUGGUGGAUCAUUUUACUGAGAUCAUACACCAAAUGCACUCGUGACCAUACACUGGCAGAGCUUCCUGAGGUGCAGAAGGGAAUGAAACUAAUUCUCAACCUAUGCUUGUCAGAUGGCUUUGACACAUUCCCGACACUUCUCUGUGCUGACGGCUGUAGCAUGAUUGAUAGGAGGAUGGGGAUUUAUGGUUAUCCAAUUGAGAUUCAGUCACUUUUCUACUUUGCAUUGAGGUGUGCAAGGCAACUGUUGAAGCCAGAGCUUGGUGGUAAGGAACUUCUUAAGCGGAUAGAUAAGCGCAUCACAGCUCUAAGCUUUCACAUUCAGAAGUAUUACUGGCUUGAUUUUGCACAGCUAAACAACAUAUACCGCUACAAAACUGAGGAGUAUUCCCAUACUGCCGUCAACAAGUUUAAUGUGAUUCCAGAAUCCAUCCCUGACUGGGUUUUUGAUUUCAUGCCUUUGAGAGGAGGGUAUUUGAUUGGCAAUGUUAGCCCAGCUCGGAUGGACUUCAGGUGGUUUUUAGUUGGGAAUUGUAUUGCCAUCCUUAGUUCUCUAGCAACACCUGAGCAAGCUACAGCUAUUAUGGACUUGAUUGAGGAGCGGUGGGAGGACUUGAUCGGGGAGAUGCCUCUGAAAAUUGUAUACCCAGCAUUAGAGGGACAUGAGUGGAGGACUGUCACGGGGUUUGAUCCGAAGAACACACGAUGGAGUUAUCACAAUGGUGGCUCUUGGCCAACACUGCUGUGGUUGCUUACUGCAGCAUGUAUCAAGACGGGGAGGCCUCAGACUGCUAAGAGAGCAAUUGAACAGGUGGAGCAGCGGCUCUCAAAAGACGGGUGGCCAGAAUACUAUGACGGCAAGGCAGGGAGAUAUAUCGGGAAGCAAGCAAGGAAGUACCAGACCUGGAGCAUCUCCGGAUAUCUGUUAGCUAAACUGAUGAUUGAGAACCCAGCCAAUCUUUCACUAAUCUCUCUUGAAGAAGACAAGAAGAUAGCCAAGCCAAGGCUCACCCGCUCCGCUUCCUUUUGA